CAACACAAAAAGGCCACCGUUGCUCAGCCGGACCCGCCGUGACCCACCCCAUCGGCGAGCCCGACUCCAGCAGAGAAAAUCGCCGCGUCGUCGUUCCAUCCACGGCGACCCUUGACUUCCCCCUCUCAUCCCUCGACAGAACCAAGCCAAUUCUGCGAUCCGAGCCGCCGGUCCAGUGCCUCCCGAUCCGGCGACGAUGGAGGGCGGCGGCGACGCCUUCGGGUCCUCGACGGCGCCGCUGGCCUGGCACGACUUCCUCGAGCGCAUGCGCCAGCCCUCCGCUGCCGAUUUUGUGAAGUCCAUCAAGGGCUUUAUCGUGACAUUCUCGAACAGAGCUCCUGAUCCAGAGAAAGAUAGUGCAGCUGUUCAAGAGUUCCUGGAAAAUAUGGAAGGUGCUUUCAGAGCCCACACUCCUUGGGCUGGCAGUUCAGAGGAAGAACUAGAGAGUGCUGGUGAGGGACUUGAGAAGUAUGUUAUGACAAAGCUGUUUAAUCGGGUAUUUGCUUCGGUCCCAGAAGAUGUGAAUAGUGAUGAAGAACUUUUUGAGAAGAUGUCCUUGAUACAGCAGUUUAUAAGGCCUGAAAAUUUGGAUAUAAAACCAGAGUAUCAGAAUGAAACAUCGUGGCUGCUUGCACAAAAGGAGCUGCAGAAGAUGAAUAUGUAUAAGGCUCCAAGGGAUAAGCUUGCUUGCAUCCUGAACUGCUGUAAAGUCAUCAAUAACUUACUUCUGAAUGCUUCUAUUGUAUCCAAUGAAAACCCCCCUGGAGCUGACGAAUUCCUUCCAGUCCUCAUCUAUGUCACCAUAAAGGCUAAUCCUCCACAGCUGCAUUCAAAUCUGUUAUACAUACAGAGAUAUAGACGGCAAACACGAUUGGUGUCAGAGGCUCAAUAUUUCUUUACAAACAUACUGUCUGCGGAGUCUUUCAUAUGGAACAUCGAUGGGGAAUCAUUAUCCAUGAAUGAAAUAGAUUUCCAAAGGAAGAUGAAUUGGGCAAGAGAGCGCUUGUUGGGAUUAUCAGCUGACUCAGAAAAUCAAGAUAAUCAAUCCAAUCUUGAUGUCCAAGAGCGUAGAUCACAAAAUCUUAAAGCUAAUAGGAAUUCUGAUGUCAGCUUAGCUUUGAAAGAUCACAUCCAAGGCCCAGGACGGGACAUGAGAAGGGACAGUGAUGUGAGUGCUAAAUCAGUAGAGCGGGUGCAAUCUAUUUCUGAUUUAGAGAAGAAAGGAGCUACUGAGCUCGUCAAUGAUGACGACUUGAACAAAAAGUUCCAGGAGUACCCAUUCAUAUUUGCCCGUGCUGGUGAUCUGACUGUUGCUGAUGUAGAAAACCUUUUGAAUUCUUACAAGCAGCUAGUACUUAGGUAUGCAGCACUUUUACAAGGUAUGGGUGUCAGCCCUGAAACCACUCUUGCUCAGGGCACGCGAACGGUAUCUGAUCUAUCUGUGGAGCCUGAGAAUGCGAGUUUUGUGGUGAAGAACAAUGAGAACAAUGAAGGAAUCAGUAAAACUUCUGAUGACGCUACAAUUGAAAACCUUCAUUCGGAAGUAGUCAUAUUCAACACAGCAGGAUCUGAACAAAUGGACGAACAAACUGCAGUUGAUUCCAGUGAUGAUCUGAAGGUACUGAAGGAUGAAGCAUCACAUCAGCCUGAGAACGCAUGACUUGUUGGUCAAGCCUAGUUGAAUUGGCGAUACAUAAGGGAAAUACUCUGAACUUUGGCCUUCUACCCAGAGAAGAUCACAAAACAGAGUGCAUAUUUCCCCUGAGCAGAUACGCUGCAGCUCAAGUGACAAAUAUACAUGCUGAAAACUUGAAUGCAGAGAUUCAGCAUUGAGGAGGGAUCAGUUCGUACUGCUGAAGCUAGUCCUAGAUCCAAAUGUUUGUUCAUUGCACCUUAGUUCUUGGCUCUGUUGUAAGUUUGAUUUUGUAGUGAACACACCUUUUUUGUCCCGGUAAAACUUAUACUUUUGUAACUAGAAUUUCCAUAAAUGAAGCUAGUUCAUACAAAAAUUCAUAUUCAGAGGAAAUGGCAUGAAAAUUCCAUGAGCUUAUGGAGGCAUCUACCUGUGGCUUCAUAAUCGCGCUUGCGCAUCAACUGCAGUUGUAUCAGCUAAGGCUGACCUUCAUUCUUUCGGAGGAAAUUAUUGUCUUCCUCUUAAUGAAAUAAAAACAGCCUGCUGUUUGAUUCAGGUACACGACUGCUGUUGGGUGGACAAGAAACAAAUACUACAACACGAUACCUCAGUCUCCACUAGACACGGGUUGU